GUCCAAGUCUGCACUACGUUUGACGUUACUACCAAUUAUUGUUUUGUUUAAUAACAAGCAACAUCCAAAAAUGAUGGGAAAAAAAAAACUUUUAAUCUUUCUUGAAUUAAUUCUGAUAACAACUUUAACAGGAGUGAAAAGUGAUAAACUUGUGAUUGACACGGAUGCUGGUGCUGAUGAUGCAAUGGCUAUUUUGCUUCUACUAUCAGUGUGUGCUAACAACAACAUAAAUAUCGAUAUUGUAGCAAUAACUUGUACCUAUGGUAACUCCAAUUUGAGAAACGUUGAAAAAAAUGUGCUCAAGACAUUGACAAUCGCAAAUGAAACAAAAAUACCAGUUUUUAGUGGUGCGUACAAACCACUGAUCCAGAAUCAUACAUAUGAUAAUUUCUUUGGUAAUGAUGGAUUUGGUGAUUUCGAAUUUAAUCAAAAAAUUACUAGUUAUAUUGAUAGAUCAAAACAUGCAGCAAUUGCAUUAAUUAAUUUAGCUAAUCAAUAUCCUGGUGAAUUGAGUAUACUUGUACUUGGACCAACAACAAAUAUCGCACUUGCAAUAUCGUUGGAUCCAAAUUUUGUUCAUAAAGUCAAAAGUUUUUAUGUGAUGGGUGGAAGUGUUAAUGGCUAUGGAAAUAGAAGUCCAGGCGUUGAAUUUAAUUUUGGCUCGGAUCCAGAGAGUAAUUUUAUAUUUUUCAAUUCAACUCAAGGAAAAAUUAGUUUGUUACCUUGGGAGACUAAUCUAUCAAUUAACAUAUCAAUGUCAUGGAGAAUAAAUGUACUUGGUGGUAUUGAUUCAAAAUUCAUGAAAUUUUUAAAUCAAGGUGAAUCAAAAAUUAAAAAAUUUCCAACUUGGCAACCUUGUGAUUCAUUAAUUGUAGCUAUAAUGUUGUGGCCAAAUUUGAUUACAAAAUCUUUUGUUACAAAUAUAUCACCAAUUAUGGGAGGUGAAGCACGUGGUGGAUUACUUAUUGAUUAUACAGAAAUAACUAGUAAGCCAAAAAAUGUUGAAAUUAUUCAAGAAGUCGAUGUAGAAGAAUUCCAAAGAAUUCUUUUGUUAUAUUUAUCAUACAUUUAA